AUGUACAACCAGUACCAGCAGCAGCCCCAGCAGCCGCAGCAAUUUGGUGGGCAACAGCAAUUCAAUGCCCAACCUCAGUCAACUGGUUAUGGGAAUUUUUAUCAACAACAGGUCCCUACUCAGGGCCAGCAGCAGCAAUUCAGUGGAUUUCAAACCUUUAGCAACGCUGGCGCUUUGAAUCAACAGCCUACAGGUUUCAGUCAACAAACACAGGCGCAGCCACAACAGCCACAGCAACAACAACCACAAUCACAACCACAACAAGGCAUGCAACAACCAUUCGGUAAUCAGCAACAACAAAUGCCACUGACCCAACAAUUGACGGGAUUCAAUUCUAUGAUGCCGCAAACAUCCUUUGGUCAGCCUCAACAACAAAUGCCAAUGAACACGUCUUUCAAUCAAGGGAUGAGCACUACUGCUGUCAAUGCACCAACAGGUCCGUUACAGCCUCAACAGACUGGCUUCUAUUCUCAGCAGCAGCCUUUGGAACCUUUGAAGCCAACCGCCACCGGUUUCAUCAAUUCCUUCGCGAAUACUGGUGUUGACAACACUUUGAAGAUUCCUGCCAUUAGAUUGUCUUUCAUUACCACUCAGGAUCAGGCCAAAUUUGAGAAGUUGUUUAGAUCGGUUGUCACUCCUGGUUCCAACACUAUAACUGGUGACCAGUGCAGAAAUAUCUUGGUCAAAUCUGGCUUACAGCCUCAUCAAUUGGCCAAAAUUUGGACUCUCUCAGAUACUAAUAAGGCUGGUGUGCUUCUCUUCCCAGAAUUUGCAUUGGCAAUGUAUCUAGUCAAUUCUGUAUUGCAAGGUGAUUCCAUUCCUUAUGAGUUGGAUUCGAGAACCAAGGCGGAGGUUUCCAGUUUUGUUGAUGCUAUUAACUUCAGUGUUUCGAAUGAUUCGGAAGUCGAACAAAAACCUAAGACACCGUUCGAUGACUUGACUGCUGGAAUAUCAAUGAUGCAACCCCAGCCUACUGGCUAUAUGCCACAGCUAUCGUUCGGAAGUCAGCCUCAGCAGAUGCAGCAACAACAACAACAACAACAACAACAACCGCAGCAACAAAGUUUCCAGGGUUUGACUCAGCAACCAACUGGUGGGUAUGGAGCAGCACCUCAGACUUCUUUUGGUAACACUUCCCAAGCUUUACAACCACAAUCCACGGGUUUCAUGCCUCAAAAUUCCUUCAAUCAACCGUUGAACGCUCAAACCACUGGUGGAUUUAGCUCUGUUUUGAACAUACCACCACCAGGGUCAAUGCCGCAAACAUCUUUCACACAGCAAGCUCCAAUGCAGACAAGUUUGGCUACUGGAGGUGGAUUUUUGCAACCACAAGCUACUGGAUACUUACCUCCAUCCAAUUUUCAAGCAACUGCGCCACUUCAAGCUCAGAAGACAGGAUUUGGUAACAACGAUCUUUACACUUCAGCUAAUCUUGCUUCUAAGUUCAUUGCAAGAAAGGAAGAGGCCAUCACUCCAGAAGAAAAAUCAUUGUUUUACAAGAUUUUUGAGACUUAUGAUGUUGAGAAAACAGGGAACCUUGACUCUGCAACUGCUGUUGAAAUUUUCCGUAAAUCUGGUUUGAACAGGUCAGACCUAGAACAUAUCUGGAAUCUAUGUGAUACAAACAAUAGUGGUAACUUGAACAAACAAGAAUUCGCACUUGGUAUGCAUCUAGUUUAUCGCAGGUUGAACGGUGAGGUUCUACCAAAUACGUUGCCUCCAAGUCUAAUUCCAUCCUCGACAAAGAUUUUAAACACAGUCAAAGAUCAAUUGAAACAAGGUGUUGAUAAAAAUAAUAGACAGCCAACUAAGGAAGAUGGUUUGAGAUUUAGAAACAACGAUGACGAAUUACUGCCAAGUUCGAGAAAUCGUAGAAAGACAAUCGAUCAGUCUAAGAAGGUUAAUGAGAAUAAGGAGAAGAUUGAAAACUUAAAGAACUUAAUUAGGGAAAAGAAGGAAUUGCUUGCCUCGGAAAAAUUAAGAUUGGAAAAUGACUCGCAAAGAAAGCAGUCUGAAAAUGCUGAUCUAUUACGGUCAAUUGAAAAUUUGAAAUCUCAAAUUCAAGCGUUGCCCUCAACCUCAAAAAAAUCACCUUCUGCAAACAAUGCUGUGCCACAUGAUUUACAAUCCAGAUUUGAUACUUUGACAGCCAGAAUUCCAAACCUUUUUAAAGAAAUUUCUGAUGUGAGCAAAGAAUUGGUUUCAAGUCAGUUGGCAUUGCACCACUUGAAGGUAGAUCAUCCAAUCCGUGGUAGUGGCCCAAACUGUAAAAUCACUGAGUUAGACUGUAAGAAUGCAAGGCAAAGACUGACCCUGACUGCAGGAAUGUGUACUUUAGUCGGUAGACCUGAACCAAAUUACGAUAAUUUGGAGGCACAAGCACAACAUUUCAACGAAGGAAUUGAAACUAUCGAAAAAGAUGAUCAAAAGAACCAAUCUGCCAUCAAUAACAUCAGUACCUGGAUUCAAGAGAUCUCUUCUUCGGUGCAAGCUAUAAUUCACGGAAGAACUCCUUCAAUGGGCCUCGAAAUGGAUAAAUGGGAAUCUGGUAUCGGUCUAGAACCAGAAGUCAGAGACUUUAUCAUAUCUUGGAAAAACAGAAGAAACUUCGAUAAUUCUUCUUACAAUACCGCAGGAUACUCCAACGGUAUUCAAAUCUCUUCUUCAGCAACCUAUAGAAACAACGCUCGUGCGCCUGAAGAAAAAGACUCGUACUCAAGUUUCCAAACACCUGAAGAAAGAUCUGCAUAUGUCAAAGAACAAGCUAAAAAGAAGAUGGAAGAAAAAUUGGCAGCAUUAGGAAUCAAAAAGAAAUCAGGGAGUUCACAAUCAUCACCUAAUCCUCCACAAUUGACUCAGCAACAACAGCCUCAACAGCAGCAGCAGCAGCAGCAGCAGCAGCAGCAACAGCAGCAACAGCAACCUAACUAUUACCAACAACCCAGUCAACCUGCUGCUGCGGUAAACAACUCCAAUCUACCAAAAGCUAACGACGAUGAUGAUGAAGAUGAGGAGGACGAGGAGGAGAGAAGAUUGUUAGAACAAUUAGAAAAACUGAAACUGAAGAAAAAACAAGAAAAAGAAGCUAGAUUAGCAGCCAAGCGUCAAACCAGCUCAUCACCAGCAGAAACUAAGAAUGAUAACGGUCAUGACUCCUGGGAUGAUGAACCUACACCAACAAACCCUACUGGAAACCAAUCACAAGCCGGAUCACAUCACCAAUAUAAUCCAUUUGGCAAGAGUGAAGCAACACAGCAAAAACCCGCCUCUGGUGCUGGUACCCCACAAUUGAAUAACACUCCAACUGGUGGCAGAAAUCCAUUUUUCAAGCAAGCUCCUUCACAAUCAUCUUCGUUUGAUCUGAAGGCAGCUGAACAGCAGAGAAGGGUUCAACGAGGCUUGGAUGACAGUGACGGAUGGUCAGAUGAUGACGAAACAGAGAAGGUAAAUACUACAGCCAACAAAGCUGUUGAUGUCAGUAGUACCGCUGUUCCUGCUACAUCUACCGCGUCCGUUCCUGUGGCACCAUCUCUCCCACAGAUUUCUGCAACCACUCAAGAACAAUCGUCUGUCGCUGUUCCUAUUGCACCACCUUUGCCUUUAGUUAAAAGCGAAUCAUCCCUGAUCCCACCUCCACCUCCAUUGCCUACGUCGAUUACUGAAGGGUCUGGUGCCCCACCAGUACCUAUCGCCCCACCAUUGCCUCAAAUAAACAGUGACGUAGCACCUGCUGUUCCUGUGGCAGCUCCUUUACUAAAAGUAGGAGGAACUGCAACUUUAGCAGAGAACGAAGAACCAAAGCCGGAUGAUGCAUCCGACGUACUAUCUAUCCCAGAGUCGGUGGCCUCUGAUGAGGAAGAUAAGUUCCAUACACCAGGUGCUGAAGAUGUAUCUGUCGCACCUACUGGCGCAAUCCCUCCCGCUCCUCCCGCUCCUCCAGUGCCGGUCAUCCCUCCACCACCACCGAUGCCAUAA